AUUUCUGACUGCCUCUUCGAUACUGCGAGAAUUAUGACAACCAACAGUUAAUUGUCCCCUUUCCAUUUCAAAUCAAUAAAACUCGGGGGUCAAUGUUUACAACAUUUAUUGGGAUGGCUCCGGGGGUUACUGACUCCAGCGCUCCCUCCCCUCCGGAAACUCCGAAAUUCCCUAGGAGACAAAAGCGGAGCCAAGUGGCUAGAGCCUGUGAUUGGUGUCGUGUACAUCGCAUCAAAUGCGACAAUCACGUCCCGUGUUCAAACUGUAGGAAAAGAGACGGCCAAUGCAACCAAGGCGAGGUCGAAGUCCGUACCCUUCCUCAUGCUUUUCGGAAAAUUGAGCAUUUAGAGACACGAAUCAAAGAAUUAGAACGGGAGCUUGAGAACGAGCGUAGGAAUACAAAGUCAAGCGCCGGGCAUGGACUACUUCAAAAUAGGCAAUCGAGCCUGGCCUCUUCUGGAUCCUCUAGCCUUGGAAUCACUGGGGUUUUAAGUCCUCCGAGCGACGAUGAAAGCAGUCCGGAGAAGAAACGAUCGGGGGAUGGAGUACGCAUUCGCACUGCACGACGACAGGAAACCUGGUACGGGCCAUCGUCUCUAUUCUAUUUCAUUAGGCGCGUAAACACGUUCCUGAAUGAUUCCUUUCAACAAACACAUCCGAUUAAUCGCAUGCUUCCCGACUCAAAUAAGCUAUUUGACGGACCCGCCCAAAUCUCCGAGAAUGAACAAAGCCAUCGCCAUACUCAUGCCGCCGAAGGACGAGUCACAGAAAACGACUACUUAACACCGACACAAGAGGAGUAUUUCAUUAGCCUCUUUUGGCAAUCAUUUCAUACCACACUUCCAGUUAUAGAUGAAGUCGCCUUUAAGGAACAUUACCAAUCCCUAUGGGAGACAUCAAGCGGAGAGCGAAAGCCGUCAGCGUUGGUUGACAUAGUCAUUGCGCUAUGUAUGCAGUACGGCAUGGCACAGCAAUCGGGCACUGGGCAGGCAAAUAGCAUCGCGCCCAGCCCGAAAUCCGACAGCAAUGGUGCAAAUAAUACGUCUAUAGCUGGACGGUGGCAUUAUCAGCGUUGUCAGAGAUUACUGACGAACGAAUUGGAAAGCCCUACCGUAUUUACGCUGCAGUGUCACAUCUUGUCGACUGUAUAUUUGUGUGCUGGCUCCUUUCCGAACAUGGCCGAUAGCACUUGCACAUUAGCUGUACGAACAGCUUAUAUGCUUGGUCUCCAUCUAGAUCCACCCGAAGAGACUUCGCCGAGGGAGAGAGAAUUGCGCAAGCGUUUAUGGUGGACACUGUAUAUCUUGGAGAGUAAAAUCAGCAUGAAGCUAGGCCGUCCGUUUUUGCUAGAUCACUCCGAUACAACCUGCAGUCUACCGAGAGACGACCGGGAAAGCGUGACGUUAUCUGGUUCCGCAUUCACUCCUCUCGGACAGGGUGCGACUUGGCUGACCUUUCACGUCGAGAACAUCAAACUCUUCUUGGCAGUCCGCGCAGCUUAUACAGCGUUCUAUAAGAAACAAUUGAACACUACUAACAACUCCAACAAACAAGCCCCACGGGGUGAAUCGGAGAUCAUCGAAUCUCAUGCUGAAUACUUGGGCUUGUAUAUCGACCGAAUAGAAGAGUGGGUGAAGGCGGUUCCCGGUCCUCUUAAAACAAAACGCCAGGAUGACGGUACUCCCUUUUCUACCGACUUUACCCCCUUGGAGAUUGAGCCAUUCGCAUCUCUCUGGCUACAGCGGCAACGCUUGUUACUAGAGCUUAUGUACCACAAUCUAUGUAUCAACCUCUUCCGUCCCUUCAUCCGCUUUAUUUCCGCUACAAAGCCCACACCAACGGCCGAUAAGACCGCAGCGGAUUGCGCCGCCCACGCUAUCACAUUAACGCGCAUUAUGUAUCAAGUACUGUCGUCGACGACUAUUCUCACAGGUUGGCACGAAUCGUUCCAGUGGCAGUGGAAUGCCACAAUGUCGCUUAUCGGCUUUGCGAUUGCGUAUCCUCAGCACGCUUCUGCACCAGAGGCCAGGAAUGCAAUUGACAUGUCCAUUGCCGUAUUUGAAAUUUUUGAGAGGAGCCUCCCAUCUGCCACAAGCGCAGCUACUAUCGCGCGGGGUCUUGGGGCACAAGCCGAUUUGCUUGCCAAGAAAAUACAUGGCCAGCAAGAUUCGACGUCAAAGACAGUCAUCUCUCCGCCGACUACUGGAAGUUGGGAAUCAUUGAGCGAGGGAAAUAUCAUGGGUAGCAACCCCAUUACACCGCAGACAGCAGCCAGCAUAUGGAACAGCGAUGACGGGACUUCGGUGCCACUUCAGGGCUUUUGGGCAGACUCAAUCGACAUGGCGUUAUCCGUCGACACGCAGGAUUUCGGGAUAUUGUAUUGGCCAAACAUGAACAGUGACAUAUCGUCUCAAUGGACCUAUCCACAGAUAUAGGCCUAACUUAACAAGCUACCGACCACGUGUUAGUAAUCGUAUGGGAGGAACAUUUAAUAUACACCUAUAUAAGAUACUAAAUCUACAUUUCCCUUGCGUGGAAUCUCU